UUCCCAGCAGUGACUUAUGACCACUUCGCUGACGUUUGCCUCUUUGAGCAUCGGAGAUACGACCCCGACCCUGAUCUUGGCAAGGCAGUGGCCAAUGACGCGCCUUCCUCAUGCGUCCCGACUUGCGGGAACUCGGCCGAGGCGAGAACCACAAAGCUCUGAGAAGUAUGAUGCAGCCCAUGCUUCAUUAUCGCCUGCACACCUACAAUCCACCACCACCACACUCUCCAUCACCGGAACCGACCAAUUCACCUCACAAGAACCUCAGAUCACUGCGCCUACCCGCGAGAAGCCACCACAAUGUUUAAGCGUGUCCUCGCCACAGCGCCGGUCACGGCCACCUCCGCUCUCCGCACAGCAGCGAACUCAACAACACGAACCGCCUUCGCCGCACGGACAGCAGCGCCUGUAGUCCAACAACCCGCGCGCCGCUCGUACCAUGAGAAGGUCCUCGACCACUACAACAACCCGCGCAAUGUCGGCAGCAUGAAGAAGACCGACGCAGAUGUCGGCACUGGACUCGUCGGUGCACCCGCAUGCGGAGACGUCAUGAAGCUGCAGAUCAAGGUCGGCAAAGACAAAGACGGCAAGGACAUGAUCGAAGAUGUCAAGUUCAAGACAUUCGGCUGCGGGUCUGCGAUUGCCAGUUCGAGUUAUUUGACUGAGUUGGUGAGAGGAAUGACGCUGGAGCAAGCCGGCCGGAUCAAGAACACGGAGAUCGCGAAGGAACUUUGCCUGCCGCCUGUGAAGUUGCACUGCUCCAUGCUUGCAGAGGACGCCAUCAAAUCCGCCAUCAGCAACUACUACACCAAGAAUCCCAAGCAAAAGGCCACAGAUCUUGGAGGUACUGGCGCCGCCAUGCCUAAGAUUGAAGUGGAGACUGUGACUGCCGGUGCGGCGGCGUAGAAGCCCGCAGAGAAAAUGAAGAUCCAAGACUUGAACCUUUACCGCCACGGCGGCAGUUGAGACGGUAGUUCUUCUUUGUGAUGAUUAUUUAGCGACUUUUGAACAUAAUCGGCGUUGUUUUUCUCAACUGGGGACGGUCAAAGUCUUGUUAUAUGGCUGAGAGGCGGGCGACGGUCUGUAUGAUACCAGAUUGCAUGUGCUUGGGAGAUGAAGACAUACCAUCCAGAAUAGCAUGGCAAAAGUAAAAUCAUAACACUCGUUCUACGAAAACGACGACCAC